AUGCCUGUGUGUUACUAUAUCUUGGCUGUCUUCAAGGCUCAAGUUGAACGUGAAUUGUCGGCGGUUGCUGAACACCAGGUUGCAUUCUUGUCAGCAUCUUCAGUUGAGGCUCCGCAAGACAAAAGCCUGGCAAUCGACCCCGAGGCCAAUGCUUUGUCGGUAUCGGAUAGCACCUCGGAUCGAUUACCCCCGACCACCGAGGAGAAACAGAAGCUACGAAAGAUAGCAGGACGUAUUCCAUGGGUUUCAUAUCUUCUGUGCAUCGUCGAGCUUGCAGAACGAGCCUCAUUCUAUGGUUGCAAGACAGUCUUCAACAAUUUCCUCCAGUUUCCGUUACCAAAGGGAGGUAAUGGCGCUGGAGCUGUUGCUAAGAAUGACCCCAAUGGCCAUGCUGGUGCUUUAAACCGAGGCCUCCAGUUUGCCUCAGCCAUGGUUCUCCUGUUCAACUUCCUGGCCUAUGUCAUCCCGAUCUUUGGUGCAUGGCUCGGCGACACCAAGACAGGCCGUUUCAGGGCAAUCAUGUAUGGAGUCAUCAUUGGUGGCGUGGCACACGUUAUCAUGGUUGGGGGUGCAGCUCCCGCUGUGCUCAAAGCCGGCAACGGACUUGCGCCGUUCAUGGUUAGCUUCUUUCUCCUCGCCAUCGGAGCGGGCCUUUUCAAACCCAAUGUUGUUCCUCUCAUCGUUGACCAAUACACCGACCAGACAGAAUAUGUCAAGACACUCAAGUCUGGUGAAAGGGUCAUUGUUGAUCCCGAGACAACGAUUCAGAGGAUCAUGUUGAUCUUCUACAUGUGCAUCAAUGUUGGUGCUUUCUUCAUGAUUGCUACAACCUACAUUGAGAAGUACGUCGGCUUUUGGCUCGCCUUUCUCCUCCCAGGCAUCAUUUACAUCCUCUUGCCAGUGCUGCUCAUGUGGCGAUACAAAACUCUCAAGCGCGCACCGCCUCAAGGAUCUGAUCUCAACAACUUUUUCAAGAUUGUUUGGUUGGCUAUCAAGGAGAACAAGGGCAAAGUCUGGGCCAAGAACUUCUUUGAGUCAGUCAAGCCGUCGGUUCUCGCCACCAAGGGGAAGACAGUUUCUUGGGAUAGUCAGGCAGUCGAGCAUACUCGCAGAACUCUCUCCGCGUGCCAGAUCUUUCUCUACCAACCAUUAUUCUACCUCAAUAACGGCGGUGUUGGUACGGUAUUGUCUAACCAAGGAGCGUCAAUGACCACCAAAGGCGCACCGAAUGAUCUGAUUCACAACUUCAAUCCGCUUACUCUAAUGGUCUUCGCGCCUAUCAUGUCCUUUGUUCUCUACCCUCUCUUGAACAGAUAUCACAUCAAGUUCGGCCCCAUCAGUCGCAUGACUGUUGGUUAUAGCUCCGCCAUCAUCGGAAGUAUCGUCGGUGCGGUUAUCCAGUGGAGGGUCUAUAAAACCUCACCUUGCGGAUAUCACGCUUCAACCUGUGAUAGUGUAUCCCCUGUUUCCAUCUGGUGGCAGCUACCUACUGUUAUGCUGGGUGCUAUCGGUGAACUCUUCACUGCCGUUACUGCAUACGAGAUGGCAUAUGCUAGGGCGCCUGAAGGUAUGAAGUCUACUGUCGUCGCGAUCAACUUGGCUAUGCAGGCUCUAUCUUCUGCAUUGGCUCAGAUCUUGAUUCCUUCUAUCAAAGAUCCCAAUCUUAUUUGGGCCUGGGCCGCUCCUGGCAUUGCUCUCUUCGUCCAGACAAUCAUCUUCUGGGUACGACAUCACCAUGUUAACGAUGAGAAGUUUCUGAUUCGCGAGACGUUCGAGGAAGAUUAUCCGUCCUUAACGGAAAAGAAACAGGGUACUUCAAAGGAUCAGAGUGCUGGUGGUGUCUAA